AUGAGAGAUGGAGAGAGACCUCGAACGGCAGUCGCGCCUCCUCGAACUUCAUCAAGAUCAGAGGAAAAGCAACGCUAUGGGCCAGUCCCGUUGGAAGUUUUAGCUGCUUCUCUGGUCAAGGAAUAUCUAUCAGCAAGAGGGUAUAGAUCUACGGUUGAUGCAUUUUUGAUUGACUCUGCCCAGAGAGACUUUUUGGUCACGUCUAAGAGUGAAAUGGCGAGAUCAGUUGGUAUACUCAAAGCUGCGAAAAAAAACAAGGCUCUUGGAAACCCUUUGAAAUCCUUACUGGAGGUACUAGUCGACACUCACGUAAAUCCACAAGCACCACCAGUAGCAGCAGAUGAUACGACAACAGCAUCGCCAGCAACAGUGACAGAAAAUGCGAUUCAACAGAUGAAAGAUCCUCAUUUCAAAGGAGACUUUAGUACAAUAGCUGCUGCAAUUGCAAGUCCUCAGCCGUAUGCUCAAAACGGUGAUUGGGCACCACUAGGAGCAUUUACAAAGUCAAACCCUCGAUCAACAGGAGACGUUUUGCGGCCUGCAACUGCCAUCGAGAAGCCUGAGUAUGCAUCACCAUUUCAACCACAGCAGCAGACGUCACAGAGACCUGGUACUUCUCGACCGACAACCGCAAGAGUUGUUUUAAAGACCUCGCCAUCAAGGCCUCAAACUGCCGCUCCAUCAAGACCUCAAACUGCCGCUGCAUCGAGACUUGAAACUGCUGCUCCAUCAAGACCACAGACUGCAGCUUCAUACAAUACUGAGCAUUCAGACCCAUUCCAACCAAGUACUCGACCCAUGUCGGCUCAUCGUUGGAACGAACCUCCUUUCGUCAUGUCUGAUACGUCAUCGGCUGAUGAUAAUUGCAGCAUCAGGGUAAACAACCUCGUUGCUGGCAACCAUAUAGCUGGAUUAUCGAUUCAUGAACUUCGAAAUUCUCACCCCGCUGCAAUCAGUAAGCAGUCUAGUCUCAUUGAACCUAUGGUAGUGGAUUUCGAGGAUAACAACAUCACAGAUCAUGACAUGUUGGAUCCGUCGGCUGCUCAAAAAAUGCCUGUACCUGUACCAAUUAAUCAUCUGAGUUGGCAGCAUGUGAACUUUACAAUGACGAAUCGAGGUAUUCGGAUAUCGAUCUCUGAAGUUCAGCGGCUGAGGGCUGUUGUCUGGCCCGGAGACGGCACGAGACCUAUUAUUGGAGAUGAGUGGAAGGGUAAAGGAUUUUCAUUCUGGGACUCGGAUAAGGAAGUUUCGUAUGGACUCGUGCAACUAAAAGGAGGUCCUUGUGGAUUGUUGGCAGCUGUUCAGGCCUUUGUUAUCAAGCAUAUGUUGUUUGGUGAGACUUCAUCUGCUAGGAAUGGACGUCUGCGCCCAACUACAGCUCAAUGUCGCACUGCUUUGGUCUCAGCUCUGACAGAACUAAUAUGGCAGGCAACGAAUGGACAGAAAGACGAGAGGAAGGCUAUCGUUGCUCUAAUGUCGUCUGACUACAGUGCUGAACAAAAACGAAUGUCCUGCUACCCAGAUGGAGUUACAGAAAAGCUAGACUUGUAUGACUUUUGCACUGAAGUCACUCUGUGGGAGUUCAUAGACAACAAUCUUAUUGCAUUUACUGGUAAUGGACCCCAAAAACAUGGACUUAUGCUCCUCUUGUACUCGGUUGUUUUGACAAGAGGAAUCGACACUGUGGCAGCUGAUAUGGAUGAGCCCGAUUCCAGAAUGAUUGGAAAAUAUGGCUAUUGUACUCAGGAGCUCGUCAACCUAUUACUGUUAGGUGAAGCAAUUUCAAACGUGUUUGACGGCGACAUCAAACUCGACUCAAAAGUCCUACGUGGAAUCCAACGCCCAUCACAAAUUGGAUACCUCUCUCUCUUUGAACAUUACGAUUCCAUGAAGGUUGGAUCUCAUUUCAAAAACCCAUCACUGCCAAUCUUUAUCAUUUGCUCUGAAUCGCAUUAUACCGUCUUAUUCGCUACUGAACGUAAUACGUUGGAGAAGGCUAGUCGCAAGUUCCCUAUUGAUGUUUUCUACUAUGAUCAGCUGGCUGGAAUGUCUGAGGAGACUCGAUUGACGCUUUCGUUUAGUACUUCAUUAAGCAAGAAGAGGUAUUCGGAGUUGACGCCACCGUUAGAACUCGUUAUAAGGACCAAAUGGUCUAAUUGUGUUGUUGAGUGGAAUGGUUCUGAAGCAUUGUUGUGA